AACGGAAACGCAGCGCAGGCGCAGCAGAGCCAGGGAAGGGAAGGCCGACGCAACCUUCGCUUCGCUUUCCGCAAACGUGACCGCGAAGCCGCCGUGAAGUCGCCGCCGCCUCCUCGCUCCUCCAGCUCACUCUGUAGUCCCGAGGCCGCAACAACUCUCACCCUCGCGGCCUCCGCCCAUUUCAGCUCCAUCGGCCGCGCCGCAACGCUUCCUGUCCAAGCCAAGCCGCGCCGCGACGCCGCCGCCACUGCCUAGCCAGCCUAGACCCCAUCGGAGCCUCAGGUAGAUGCGAGAGAGAUCGUCUCCGGCGGCCCUGUGAUGGGCAACACGUGCGGCGUCACCUUUAGAUCCAAGUACUUCUCCAGCUUCCGCGGCGCGUCGCAGCGCCACGACUCGGGGUACGCGCCCGUCGCCGCUGCCGCCGCCGAUGCCGACUCCCCGCCGGGCAAGCGGCCCUCGCGCCCGGCGGCCGUGGCCGACGCGGCCGCCCCGCCCCCCGCCGCCGGCAUGCGCCGGGGCUCGCUCGCCCCCGCGGAGCUGACGGCCAACGUGCUCGGCCACCCCACCCCGAGCCUCCACGACCACUACCUGCUCGGGCGCAAGCUCGGGCAGGGGCAGUUCGGCACCACCUACCUCUGCACCGACCGCGCCACCGGGGCGGACUACGCCUGCAAGUCCAUCGGCAAGCGCAAGCUCAUCACCAAGGAGGACGUCGAGGAUGUGCGCCGCGAGAUCCAGAUCAUGCACCACCUCGCCGGUCACCGGAACGUCGUCGCCAUCAAGGGCGCCUACGAGGACCAGGUCUACGUCCACAUCGUCAUGGAGCUCUGUGGUGGCGGCGAGCUCUUCGACCGCAUCAUACAGCGGGGGCAUUACAGCGAGCGCAAGGCGGCCGAGCUCACGCGCAUCGUUGUAGGAGUUGUCGAGGCGUGCCACUCGCUUGGGGUCAUCCACAGGGAUCUCAAACCUGAAAACUUCUUGCUGGCCAACAAGGAUGACGACAUGUCGCUUAAGGCCAUCGAUUUCGGCCUCUCCGUGUUCUUUAAGCCUGGUCAAGUUUUCACUGAUGUUGUCGGAAGCCCUUACUAUGUAGCUCCAGAAGUGUUGCGCAAACGUUAUGGACCAGAAGCUGAUGUAUGGACAGCUGGUGUAAUUCUUUACAUACUACUAAGUGGUGUACCACCAUUUUGGGCAGAGACUCAGCAAGGAAUAUUUGAUGCAGUAUUGAAAGGCGUAAUUGAUUUUGAUAGUGAUCCCUGGCCUGUGAUUUCUGAUAGUGCAAAGGAUCUCAUAAUGAGAAUGUUGAAUCCUCGCCCCGCAGAGCGUCUAACAGCACAUGAAGUUCUAUGUCACCCUUGGAUUUGUGAUCAUGGAGUUGCUCCUGAUCGUCCGCUUGAUCCAGCUGUCCUUUCUCGCAUUAAGCAGUUCUCAGCAAUGAAUAAGUUAAAGAAGAUGGCUUUGCGAGUAAUUGCUGAGAGCCUUUCAGAGGAGGAGAUUGCAGGAUUAAAAGAAAUGUUUGAGGCAAUGGACACAGACAAUAGCGGUGCAAUUACAUACGAUGAGCUGAAAGAAGGCAUGCGAAAGUAUGGUUCAACACUAAAAGAUACUGAGAUUCGUGAUCUUAUGGAAGCGGCGGAUGUGGACAACAGUGGAACCAUUGAUUAUAUAGAAUUCAUUGCUGCUACAUUGCAUCUCAAUAAACUAGAGCGAGAGGAACAUCUUGUGGCAGCCUUUUCUUAUUUUGACAAGGAUGGUAGUGGUUACAUUACAGUGGACGAGCUCCAGCAAGCUUGCAAAGAGCAUAACAUGCCAGAUGCUUUUCUUGAUGACGUCAUAAUCGAAGCUGACCAGGAUAAUGACGGUCGCAUUGAUUACGGAGAGUUUGUUGCCAUGAUGACAAAGGGCAAUAUGGGGGUUGGGAGGAGAACAAUGAGAAACAGCCUGAAUAUAAGCAUGACUGAAUGAGACGCUGCUAUACGGGACACUGCCUGCAAUUUUUUGUACGCUGUCAGUUGUACGUGUGGGCAUUCUAAUUGGUGGUCCUCUAAAUCUAACUCCUGCUAUUUCGUCCAUGAAAUGUAUGGGGGAAAUCAACUAUAUCUUGCGUGAACUGGGAAUGAAAUGUUCAUAUAACCCAGUUGUGUUUC